AUGUUAGAAAGCGACGGCGAAGUGGUCUUAGCUGCGAAACUGUUACGAACAGUGGUAGAAGCUAGUGAGGACGUUUUCGAGAUGCAAGGACAUCUAGCCCGAGCACUAUGGUUCCUGGCCAGGGUCGAGGAUGAAAUCGGAGACAAGCAUAGGGCUGAAGAACUCAGAAUGGAGGCCAAGAAUGUGCGAGAUAAGAUUCGUGGAACAGAAGCUCUCGCCGAGGAUACUGAUGAGUCGUUCAUGAACCUCGUCGGAUGGAUGCUUUGGUAG